CAUAUUUGAGACACCAGCCGGCUCCACCCCAGACUUUGACAUCAGUUGCGCAUCCUUCUUCGGCUCCAGAGCGCGCCUGGGGCGAAGCGAGCCGGAUCGGAGCUGAGCCGCCGAGUGCCAGACGCCAUGCCUGUAUCGGAUCCACGAGGAGAUGCAGGCCGGUGGGCCAACGUCAGCUACCGGGUACGCCAGCCGAAUUCGGCAGAACCGGCUCCCAGAAGAAGGAAACAAACCUGGUUUCACAAAUUCUGCCGGUGCUGUGCGGGCCAGCGGGAUGACACCGACUGGACACCCGCACCAGGCGAAGUCCCGGGAGCCCGGCGAACGGAUCCUGUCAUUCGGGAAGGCAUGCUGGUCAUCAAAAAGAUCGAUUUAAUGAGCGGCCGCACGGGGGCCAACCGGCGCGCCCACCACACGGACGAGUUCGAAUACAACAACCUGAUCAUCCGUCGCGGGCAGCCCUUCGACAUGACGCUUCAUUUCCAGCAGCCGUAUGAUUCCGAGGACCACCGGGUCUGCCUCGAGUUCCUGAUUGGCCCCAAUCCGCAAUCCUCGAAGGGGACCCACAUUUUGGUGCCCGUCAGCAGCUCUCUGCCCGGCAUGGGCUGGUCGGCGGAAAUGACCAGCUCAGACGACAACAGCAUGUGUCUCCGCGUCUGCCCCUCGCCCAGGGCGGUGGUGGGCAAGUACCAGUUCAGCGUGAAGACCCGGAGCAGGGCGGGCGAGUACGCCGCCCCCUUCGACCCCAACAACGAGGUGUACAUCCUCUUCAACCCCUGGUGCCCAGAGGAUACGGUCUACCUGCAACAGACCGACUGUCUCAAGGAAUACGUGCUGAACGAAACGGGGAGAAUUUAUUACGGAACAGAAAGUCAGAUUGGGGAGCGAACAUGGAACUACGCCCAGUUUGACCAAGGGAUCCUGGAUGCCUGUUUGUUCAUGCUGGAUAAGCGCGGGAUGCCUCACGCCAGUCGGGGAGAUCCGAUCAUGGUUUCCCGCGUCGUCUCGGCCAUGGUGAACUCUCUGGACGACAACGGCGUGCUGGUCGGGAACUGGACCGGGGACUACUCCCGCGGCACAAAUCCUUCAGCCUGGGUGGGCAGCCGGGACAUUCUGCUGAAGUAUCUCCGUACCGGAUACCCCGUGCUCUACGGGCAGUGCUGGGUGUUUGCCGGCGUCGUGACCUCAGUCCUGCGGUGCCUGGGCAUUGCCACCCGGACUGUCACCAAUUACAACUCGGCGCACGACACGGAUGUCAGCCUCACCAUGGACAUCUACUUUGACGAGAAUAUGAAGCCCCUGGAGCACCUGAAUGCUGACUCUGUCUGGAAUUUCCACGUGUGGAACGACUGUUGGAUGAAGCGACCGGAUCUGCCUUCAGGUUUCGACGGGUGGCAGGUGGUGGACGCAACCCCCCAGGAAUCCAGCAGUGGGAUCUUCUGCUGUGGGCCCUGCUCUGUGGAGGCCAUCAAGAACGGUCUGGUCUACAUGAAAUACGACGCUUCCUUCUGCUUUGCCGAGGUGAACAGCGACAAGGUGUAUUGGCAACGCCAGAGAGACGGCACCUUCAAGAUCGUCUAUGUAGAAGAAAAAGCCAUCGGGCAUCUCAUCAGCACCAAAGCCGUGGGAUCCCAUCAGCGCCAAGACAUCACGAACAUUUAUAAGCAUCCCGAAGGAACGGAAGCGGAGCGCAAAGCAGUGGAAACCGCCGCCAAGCACGGCACCAAGGCCCACAUCUACACCAACAAGGAGUGGGGAGAAGACAUCUCAGUGACGGUCGACACUGAAGAGGCCUACACCGGACAGGACAUCUCCUUGAGGGUCAUCCUGAAGAACCGGAGUUCGAUGCCUCGCAACGUCUCUCUCAACCUCUUUGUGGCGGUCAUGUAUUACACAGGAGUCACCGGCAGCAAUUUUAAACAGGAGCAGCGGCAGGUCCAGAUUCCUGCAGGAGGAGCUCAACCAGUUCCGAUGGUCAUCUCCUAUCCCGAGUACAAGACCCAUCUGGUGGACCAAGGAGCCAUGAAGCUCAGCAUUUCCGGGAAAGUAGCUGAAACCGGACAGGUCAUUGCGAAGGAGCACACUUUCCGUCUUCGCACCCCGGACCUCACUCUGACGCUGCUGGGUCCGGCCAUUGUUGGACAAGAAACCCAAGUCCAGAUCGUCUUCAAGAACCCUCUUCCUGUGACCUUGACCCAGGCCACCUUCCACAUGGAAGGUUCCGGACUUUCGACUCCCAACACGAUGACCGUCGGGGAUAUCGGUCCGCAUCAAACGGUGCGACUCUGCCAGAAGUUCACCCCGCUCCGUGCCGGACGUCGCCAGUUGGCUGCCAGUCUGGACAGCCCACAGCUCUCCCAGGUCCACGGCGUGCUAACCAUCGAUGUGGCCCAGAGCCCUCCACCGGGCCCAUCAGCCUCUCCGGCACCUGUCCGGGGUUCUCCCGCCCGGGGCAGAGCCUCGCCUUCCCGCGUCCGAGGGUCCUCGGCAGCCGCUCGAUCCUCCCCUGGAAGACAGCCCGCCAACCACAGCACCCCAGCCAAUGCCAACACCAACACAAAUGCCAACACAAAUGCACGGGCUACCCCCAGUCGACAGCCCAAUCCCGGACGAGCCCCCAAUGCUCACGGGACGACUGCCACUGCCAGGCCAGGGGCCACGGGGCGACCCGUGUGAGCCAGCUCUUAGCCGUGACUGCCGAGUGCGACAUGACAGCACAGCCAAACCAGCUGGCAAAGAGAGGAGGGGGGGGUCCCUGCCCAAGCCACAGAACCACAGUGGGGUGCACCAAGCCCACGAGGCCGGCGAAAUGUUUUUCCCGGUGGUGACCGUCAGGAAACGUCUCCACUUCUUCACCCACCGAUUUCUCUUUCCUUCGCUUUCGUUCUGCUCCCCCCUUUUUCCCGCCUAUUAUUGUCUUCUGUGAAUAAGCACCCAACCGAAUUGGAAUUUGUAGGGUGCAAUUGAGGCAUCUUCCCUCUUCCACACCGUUCGUCCGAGAUGGGGGGGGUGUUGAGGACUCGGCUGCUCCUCCAGCUCUGGGACCCCCUUCACCCCAUCUGCCCCUCCCCACUGCCCCAGGGGCACGACUCACCCACCCCCGUGCAAGGAAUGUUUAUAACUCGACACUUAUAUUUCACCGCGAUUCUUGUUUCCUUCUUAAACGCGCCACCAAUCUUCACGUCUGCAUGCUUGUUUCCCACAAAUGGAGAAGUUCUGGAGAGCUUCCAACGGAGAAGGCAUAAAUUUGCUUUUCAAAUUAUUAUUCUUCCUAAGAUGAGUGGGGGCCUUUUCACUUGAGCCAAAGGAAUUGUCUAGGAAUUUUUCCCCAUGGUUCCCCCCCUCUUUUUAUUUGGACAGAUUUGGGGUGGGGGAGGUUGGGGUUUUAUUAGCUCUCCUUUUUUUUCCAGGAUUUGUCCUGGAAGUGUAUUUAAGGGGGAAGUAAAUCGAAAUCACAUGGCUAAGGAAGGUUAAUGCAACGUAAGUUUGGCUAGCCAUGCUUCUGCCAUUCACGCGCUUAAAAUAUAUGCAGAUUAAAAGUGUCCAGAGAGCUGAUCAUGUAACCCUAAAGCGGAGUGGAGACGGUUUUUAAUUACUAGCCAGAUUCUUGCUCUUAAUUAUGUUUCUAUCGUACUGCAUUUAACCUAUAUGGAAAACGAAUGAAGCAAAAAAAAAGAGAAAAGCAAGGAAAAAAAAGCUGUAUUUUUUGUGUGUUCGAACUAAUAUAGGUAUUUAUUUGAAAAUAAAUGGUUUUUAACUCUUA